CUCGCUGCUGCAAGUGAACAGGGACUCAUAAGUUCUCGGGAUCCAUGUAGCUUCGCCAAGAAGCCCGAGAGAGCAGCUUUGCAGGGCGCACGGACUCUGGAAGGAGGAGAAGAGGAAAGCGGAAGGAUGCUGAUCCGAGCCGAGCCGGGAGCUGCAGCUUCACCUCAUCAGCGCAAACGCUGGAUCCUUCUGUAACUUUCAGCGCGCUGAACUUUACCGCUGCUACUUGCUCUACUGUCCGCUUUGGUUGAGUGCUGCUGCCCGUCAGCCAUGGCUUCCUCACCGGUCCACAGUGCGCUCUUUCUGUGCGCCUUCCUCCAGCUGUUCUCCCUUCCCGGCGGACACGUGCCAAACUGCCAGGAGGUGCGCACAGUAUUUCAGUCUCUGCACCCGGGCUCCAAGUGGGUCCCUGAAACCCCAGUGUCAGGUGCAGAUCUGCAGGUUUGCCAAACCAAAGGCCCGACCUGCUGUUCCAAGAAGAUGGAGGAGCGGUAUCAGGUAGCCGCGCGCAGCAAUAUGGAGUCUGGUCUGCAGGUUGUCAGCGCACAACUCAAACGUCUCAUCAUCCAGAACGCCGCGAUAUUCCAAGAGGCCUUUGACCUGGUGCUGCGCCACGGACGUAACUCCACCCUGACUAUGCUGAAGUCAGAGUUCCCGACUCUCGCGAGCGGUGCCCAGAGCUCUGUGGGGCAGCUGUUCCUGGACAUGUCGCUUUACAUCCUUGGCUCGGACUCCACAGUUGACCACAUGGUAGCGGUGCUCUACGGCCGCCUCUUUCCGCUCACGUACCGCCGCCUGCUGGGAGGCAGUGGCACCUCAGUGUCCGAGGAGUGUGUGAGAGGAGCUUGGAAGGACUCCGGAGCGUUUGGCCCUUAUCCUAAACUGAUGAUGACUCGACUCUCUCGCUCCCUCCUGGCCACACGAGUCUUCCUGCAGGCGCUGAACCUGGGCAUCGAGGUCAUCAACACCACAGACCAUCUGCGGCCCGGCCGAGAGUGCAGCCGGUCCCUGCUGAGGCUGUGGUACUGCCCGCACUGCCAGGGCGUGCUGGGGCCGCCGGCCUGCAGAGGCUUCUGUCAAGCAGUGAUGCACAACUGCCUGGGGGGAGCUGCAGAAGUGCAGCCUCAUUGGAGGAGCUAUAUAGAUGGACUGGGGAAGUUGGCCGGUGCCAUGAGGGGAGAGCAGGAUAUGGAGGCUGUUGUUCUUAGACUGCCCACAAUGAUUAAACUGGCUCUCAAACACGCCGUGAAUACGCGCAGCCACCUGAACACCCUGGUGAGCGGGAUGUGCGGACACACUCCUCAGCGGGCCUCUCGCUCCGUCGGAUCCCCUCCGUCCCAGCCUCUGGCCGCCUCCGGCGCAGCCCGUGGGGCUCAGCCGUCAUCCUCGGACCCCGACGAGACGUUGGCAGACCUCCGCAGGGACUUCAUAACCAGCCUGAGAGGCUUCAGCUCCUUUUACAGUGGUCUCGGGGAGGCCUUAUGCAGCCGCGAGCCUGCUCCAGUGAACCACUCCCUCUGCUGGAACGGGCAGGAGAUGACAAACAGAUAUCCUGGGCCCGGCCUUAAACGACUGCACCCCAGCUCAGAGUCCAGGAGCAACAAGCCACCUGAGCCGGUCAUCAGCCAGAUCAUAGACAAACUCAAACACAUCAACCAGUUGCUGCAGAUUGUGACGGUGUCUGAGAAGCGCUGGAGAGCCCGGUCUCGUGGAGCAGGAGCGGACGGGUGGAGCGAAGAGGGGGAGGAGGAAUUUGAGAGUGGCGACUGCGACGACGAGGACGAGUGCGCGGGGGUGUCGGGGCUGGGCCCGCCGCCACGACGCAAGCGGUUACGCAUCUUUGCAGACCUUUCUGAUAACCUGGCAAUGGAUGACUUCACCUUCCAGGAGCAGCUGUUAACCCCUCGUUUGGCUACAGCUGGGAUGGGAGGCGUCUCCUCACUCGCGGCUCCACUGUGGAGGAGCUACCUAGUUCCAAUCCUCUCCUUGAUGCUCAGUCUGUUCCCGGUCUAUCCCCACUGACCCAUGCAUUCCCAUCACCUCUUCCCUCUAGGAUUCAGUACAAAAUGUGUGGAAUGUGACAAACCUUUUUUGGAAUUCUUGUUCCUGAUAUAAAGUUUAGUGGCUCAGCAGAGGACGCAUGAACAACAGAAAAUGCUACAUUUCUCUUUAUCUGUCUGAACAAGAACCUGUUCAACCUGUGUUCUUAACAAACCUAUUAAAGCACAUUAGACGCCAUUGUGUAAAUAAGAAAGUUGCCCACUGGUCCGCUGCCACAAUGGUUAUUUCAACUUUUGCGUCCUGUUGCCUCACCUCUGUUCUCACACUCACUUCUUAUGUAAUGUAACAAAGCGAUGGAGAGACUCAUUUUUAGACAUGUAAUGGACCUAGCACACAACGGGCCUUUUAAAAAAAUAAAUAAAUAAAUGCUCCCGCUCAGUCUGUACUGAGUCACAGCCCAGCAGGUACAAACUGGAAGAAGACGAAAUCAGCUGCUGUCAUUUUCCUUCGUGGCAGUGCAUGACCUCCUGCCAGGGCUGGACUUUAUCUGGUCAGUUUUAGUGAGCUCCUUCCCCCUGAAGGAUGCAAUGAAUCACUUAUUUAAACAUGCACUGUUCCUUAAAAUGCUCUGCUACUACUCACCCUUCUCUCUGAUUGUUUAUGUCGUAGUGAUAGCUAAAUUAUUACCGACUGCUUCCUUCACACUCCCACCAUCACUGUUUGCUCUGUUUUGUAAAGCUGGUGCACUUUUUUUUAGAAACAGUAACAGCCCUAUAAUAAAAAAAGGAUCCAAGGGCUAUCAUUUGAAUAUAAGUCUCCAAAGUCAGCCUGAUAACUGUACAGGUGUAUGUUUCUCUGUGUUGGUGCCAUGUUUACAUUAACGUGUUUAUUUACAAUACUGGCAUUUUGGUUUGUGGACUAAUUAUUGGCCGGACUGUGAAGCCUUGCUGCCGUUUCUAGCUUACUCUUUAGCACUGUGCAUAAAGCGAUCAUUAAUGUGAAAUAUAAUAUGUAUAAAAACGUGUACAUUAAUUUUGUUAUGUUGCACUGGUCUCAUACAUUUCCAAGGAUGGCCUCUGUAUUUAAUCUUUUUUUCUGUGCUUUUUGGGUUAAAAGCAAAAGUGAGAUUCUUAUUGUUUCAUUUGUUUGGUUUUUUAACAUGGAUGAUGCAAACAUGGUGCUGCUGCUACCACACAGCUGACUCCACAGCUGCGAGUGCUGAGUCUGCCCAUGGCCCACUGUUUGACUUGUCAUGUCAGGAAAAGCACAGGUGUACAGCUAAGUCAUAUCAGCGAUCGAGCACGCCGACUACCAGGGUCCUGGCAGUGGAAUGCCUAAACAAAGUGCAGGCCUAAAUUAUUUGACUAGCGCCACCUGAUUUAUGUCUCCUAUGGCCAGUCACAAGACCCCUGGCCAGUGUCCCACCUAGGAGUCAUAAGAAAUAAU